UGGCUUGUGCAGAUCUUAGUCUUGUGACGCUUUGUCGCAGGAUUAUGCCAAGUCGCCUUGGGUAUACCAAUAAGCCAUGUCAAGCACAUAUUUCACCCAUCAUUCUUCGCUUGACGUGUGAUCGACAUGGUAGCGAAGCCACAUUGAACAUGAUCAACACUGUCAAUAGCUCUGUAUCGCUUCUUUUCGCGAGUGCUCAGGCAGCGGGAUCAUGAAGGUUUCAAGAACAGUAAAUCAGGCUGUGAGGCGCAGCAUUAGCGAUGCAGGAGAAUGGCAUAGGAGCUUUACAGAUCUCCAGCGAUGCACCAAUCAAUGCUAUCGUUGAAGUACCACGCGAGGUGCGGUAUGGUACAAAUGCGAAACGAUAUAUUGCUGGAGGAUCGCUUGGUAUUAGGAUCGACGAAUAUUCAGCUGAACGGUGAAUACAGCACUACCGUUCUGCCACAACGACACUGGGAACGAAGAGCACAUUCGGAGGUAUAUAGUCAUGCUAUACCCUUUCCUCACUACAAGUCGGUUAUAAUCAAAUUUGCUCUUGUAGCGACUUCAAAGAACAAUACCACUCAGCAGUCAGCUAUCAUGCGUACCUUCGCUUCCAUAAUCAUCCACGCUCUGCUUGUGAGCGUAUCCCAUCUGGUCUAUGCCCAAGACUGCGACCUCGUUCAAGAACAAGCCUGCUGUUACGCCGAAAACGAUAAUGGCGGCGAUACCUCAUACUGCUGCAAUGGCUCCAUCGUCGGCAACCCAAGCAGCUCUGAGGCCUCCGCUCUCAACGACCUCACCUGCUGUCAAGAUGACGGCCGCACUGGCAUCAGCGUCGGCUUCGACAUCACUACCUGCAGAGCCGGCAGCGCCACACCCCUCACCGCCAAAGGAACUGCUGCAUCGACUGUCGCGGACGUUAUCAAGAGCUUAAGUGUUUCGAGGAGCAUGAGUAUGGAGUCAUUGUACAGUUCGGCCUCUGUGUCGAGGGCUAGCGCUGCUGAUUCGCACGGUCAUAUGCUGCCUGUCUGUCGUGAUCGCCAGGUUGAGGGUUCAACAAGCACAACGUGUUCACGUCUGCGAUGUUAAGAUAUUGACGGACGAGAUAUUCAACACCCGGCCGCUCUGGCUGCGGACACGCCUGGCAUGGCGUGUUGAAGUCUGCUCGACCCAUGUCCAUUCCGUCAAUGGACCGGGACGACGUUCCAUGUUGCUUGUCGUAGCAUC